AUGGGAUGGAAGGGGAAUUGCGGUUGCGGUUGGAAUGUGAGCGCGGAGGGGGAGGGGAGGAAUGUGAGCGAGGAGGGGGAGGAGAGGAAUGUGAGUGAGGAGGGGGAGGAGAGAAAUGUGAGCGCGGAGGGGGAGGGGAGGAAUGUGAGCGAGGAGGGGGAGGAGAGGAAUGUGAGCGAGGAGGGGGAGGAGAGGAAUGUGAGCGCGGAGUGGGAGGGGAGGAAUGUGAGCGCGGAGGGGAGGGAAGGGAAUGUGAGCGCGGAGACGAGGAAUGUGAGCGCGGAAGGGGAGGGGAGGAAUGUGAGCGCGGAAGGGGAGGGGAGGAAUGUGAGCGCGCAGGGGAGGAAAUGUGAGCGCGGAUGGGGAGGGGAGGAAUGUGAGGGCGGAGGGGAGGAAUGUGAGCGCGGAGGGGAGGAAUGUGAAGUUGCGGGGGGGAGGAAUGUGAGCGCGGUGAGGGAGGGGAGGAAUGUGAGCGCGGUGAGGGAGGGGAGGAAUGUGAGCGCGGAGGAGAGGAAUGUGAGCGAGGAGGGGAUGAAUGUGAGUGCGGAGGGGAGGAAAUGUGAGCGCGGAGUGGGAGGGGAGGAAUGUGAGCGCGGAGGGGAGGGAAGGGAAUGUGAGCGCGGAGACGAGGAAUGUGAGCGCGGAAGGGGAGGGGAGGAAUGUGAGCGCGCAGGGGAGGAAAUGCUGUGGAGAGGCGUGGUGCGGCGCGGCGACACGGUGGUGGACGCGACGUGCGGCAACGGGCACGACAGCAUGGCCAUGGCUGCUCUCGCCCUCGCCCCCGCGCCACCCAGCGAUGGCGAGGCAGGGAGCGCAGGGGAGGAGGUGCGGGGGCGAGUGGUGGCCAUGGACAUACAGGAGGAGGCCGUCAGCAGAACCCAUCGCCUGCUGGCAGCUGGCCUGUCAGACGCGCAGAUGGCUCACGUGCACACGGUGUGUGCAUGCCACUCCACGCUGCUCCACCAUGUCGCUCCUGGCUCUGCACGUCUGGUGGCGUUCAACCUUGGUUACCUGCCUCGGGCCCACCACGCUCCUCCCACCACCGUUCCCUCUCCUACCUUCGGCCCGGAGGGCAUCACGACACAGCCGGGCAGCACGGUGGCAGCGCUGCAGGCAGCCGUGGCAGCCACAGCUGUGGGCGGCGUAGUCAGUGUCAUGGCCUAUGUGGGCCACCCAGGGGGCAGGGAGGAGUACGACGCUGUUGUGGAGGUGGCAGCGUCUCUGCCCGCUGACUCUUGGCCUCUCGUGCCCACUCGAGCCUCCACUGCGGGGCAAAUGGUGCGGUGUGCUAUCCCCGCAGAAGCGCGGGGGGAGGGAUUGGCUCGGUGGAGAGUGACAGGAUCCGCGGAUGCAGGUUCAGCCGCACCAGAACACCAGUACUGUACAUACACCUGCCCCUGCGCAGCCCCCUCCUCGUCCUUUCCCCCGCAUCCCACCCAUCCCCAAUGGGGAUUCCUCCCCUCCCCUCUCCAUGCCAUCCAUGCUCCAUCCCGCCCACCCAACGACAUUCCCCUGUUACCCCCCGAUUGGCUGCACGAGCAGUGCCUUGUAACAAAUACAGCCCGGCCCGGCGCUCCCUCUGCGAGCCACAGCCAUACCACCACGCCCCGCUGUGCGCGUGCUGCAACAAACAACGCCCCUCCCCUCCAGCAGUGUCUCGCCUUCCCCCCUGACAGCAAAACGGCCAUCGCAUGUACCUCCCCCUACAAUGCCUACACCAGCACGAUACCUCCCUCCCUUGACUAA